CACAGCUUUCUUUGGAUCCAGGUGUUGGGUAACAUUUUUAAAAAUUCAACCAGCUCACAGUGAAAAUCAACUAGAUUCAACUAAACUCUGAGAAGUAGAAGUGUCCGUCUGUAUCUUUUUGGUUUCUGCUAUCUAAACAACAAGAUGAUGGAAGGUCAGCUGCUGCUGUUCACAGGACUGAUGAUCAUCACAGCUCGUGCGUCAGACAGUUGCAGUGAGGAGGUGGCUCGUCUGCAAGAACAGGAGAACCUUCUGAAGGGCCAACUUCAGAAACAGGAACAACUCCUACACAGAUUACAACUGCUGAACCAACAUCACAACAAGGACAUACCCAUGUCCGACCAGAGCCAGGACACCCAGUAUGCAGACUGCUCCCAGCUUUUCAGUUCUGGCUCCAAGUCCAGCGGUUUCUACAGAAUCAGACCCCACGGCAGCCCUUCGCCAGUCAGAGUCUACUGUGAUAUGAAUGACGGAGGCGGCUGGAUCGUGAUUCAGAGACGGAUCAAUGGAACAGAGAAAUUUAACAGGUCGUGGGCAGAGUAUAAGGAUGGUUUUGGAGACACGGAUGCAGAAUUUUGGCUCGGAAAUGACAACCUGCAUUACAUCACCACACAAGGGAAUUAUUCUCUGAGGAUCAACCUGGAGGACUUUGAUGGUAACCAGCGCUAUGCUGAGUACAAGAACUUCAAAGUGGCCAAUGAAAAGGAUCACUACCGACUUACCUUUGGGACGUAUGUUGGUACAGCUGGAGAUGCUCUGUCUGGAGGUUAUCAGGUUGACGUGUCAGAGUGGGCCAGUCACCAGGCCAUGAAAUUCAGCACCUACGACCAGGACAACGAUAACUACAAAGGCAACUGUGCACAGGAAGACAAAGGCGGCUGGUGGUUCAACAAGUGUCACUCAGCCCAUCUCAAUGGCAUGUACUACCCCAGCGGGCACUACAGUGCGCUGACAGAUGACGGUGUAGUUUGGUACACUUGGAGAGGCUGGUGGUACUCCUUGAAGACCAGCAUCAUGAAGCUGCGGCCCGUCGACUUCAAAACCGAUCCCAUUGACGACGCCAAUGCUGUUUAUCGCAGACCACCUUCCUAGAUCAGACAUGAGCAGAUUUUAGAUCUUACUGGCAUGACUAUUUUGGGAAGAAACAGCUUGGAAAACAUGUAUUAAUUGGUGUGAAGCAUAUGUCAAAUCCCACGUAAGCACUAAUUAACCCCACUGACACCUGGUAACAAAUAUUCUUCCUGUGCUAUCAGAUCGUAUCUGCAUGGAGCAUAGAAGUAACUGCGUAAAGUAAAUAUAGCCAAGAUGAACCAAAGAUUAAAUCACCCAAAUGGUCAUGAAUGAAACUGUACACUUUAACAAUAUAGUGAAUCUUUAAAGGCUUUAGUAUCUUAAACCGUGACAUACUUGUGACAUAGGGGACUUGUGAAACCUACGGCUUGUUUUAGAGACAUAAAUGUUGCAAGGGGAAGCAGCCUGCAAACACAGCUGUCUGUUUUUGUGGAGGAAAGGGAAAUCGGGCGUCAGUGUGUGUGCCAGACACAGGCAGAAACGUUGGACAGAAGGCGGUGAAAGGAGCCAUUAUCAUGUCAUUGAAAAUGGCUGUAAUAAGAUCUGGAAAUGUGUGUGUGUGUGUGUGUGUGUGUGUGUGUUUUAAAAAUAAAAAUAUGUGAUAAAUGGAGAAGCUGAGCUCAGUAUUGGGAGUUUGCCCAAAUGUAAUGAAGAUGAACAUAAACUGUCUUUAUAUCACAAACAACUGAAUGAACUGAAAAGCAAUGUACACGUCAAUAGAGUUCAUUCUUAAGAUGUUACAUGUGACAAAGAAAAAAAAAGAAUAUAAGGGAUUCCUUUGAGUGUUUCAGUAUACUCAGUAGUUCAUCUCACACUCACAGAUUAUAUUAACAACUCAGCACUUGUGAAUAUACAUCCAGCUCUGUCUCUGACAUUUGCAUUAUAACCAUAAUUCAUCAAAUAAAACACGGAAACAUU